AUGGCAGUCAUCCUAAUCGACGCCUUUCACUAUCUAGGCCAUGAGGCUGCCAAACGACCAAUUUUUUUGCUCAUCUCAUCGGUACUUCUAGGUGGCCUAUACUUCAUCUAUCUUGACUUUCUAAAAACCUGGCUCAAGAGGCCAUCCCAUUUUUCUCAAAGGAGUCUUCUGGCUCGAUUCACAACCCCAAAAUUUGACGCUCCAUUGGUUGAACUAAAGCCUGGUGAGACAUACCGUGAAGUACUGGCGCGCGGGUCAGCCACAUAUCCCGACAGACCCUACAAGAUUAAGCAUUUUCCGGAUGAAAUCAUUAUUCUUCCUAGUAAAUGUGUGGAUGACAUCAAAACCAAUGCCCAGUCGACCCUCAGUUUCCAAGAGAGCUCGUACGACUUCUUUAUUGGGGAAUUCACUGGUAUCACUGGCCAUGAGCAGGCAACAGCAACCUUAAUCCGUCGAGAUGUUGGACGUCUUCUGGAUCAAGUGUAUGAGAUUGUUCAAGAUGCAGCACUGAACGCCAUUCUGGAAGAAAUUGGACCAUGUGAAGGUUUGCAACUGCCGAUUUCAAAUUGCCAUUAUGCGGGCCAGUAUACUGAAAUUUUGUCCUUUUUAGAAUGGACCGAGAUAGUCUUGUUUCCAAGAAUCGUGAAGAUGAUUAUCAGAAUCUCACAGCGUGUGUUCGUUGGAGAGCGUUUAUCAAAGGAUCCGGACUGGCUGCAAGCUAUCCAGGAUUGCACCGGUGGAGCCUUCAGUUCAGUUCCUAAAUUAUGGAGAAUCCAUUGGCUAUUUCGACCAUUCGUGGCAUGGUCGCUGCCACAACUGCGGGCAAUCAGAAAACACAGAGCAAAAGCUACAACUUUGCUUCGACCGAUUCUGGAAGAGCGGUUGGAGGCCAUGAAAGAUCCAAAGUUUAAGCCACCACCAGAUUUGAUUCAGUUGGUGAUUGACGGUUCUCCGAACAACAAAGGAAACUCACUAGAUUACCAAGUCAGCGCACAGAUUGGUACUGGUCGAGCGGCGCUUUUUACAACCGCCUCAACCGUAUAUCACCUUUUAUAUGAUCUUUGCCUGCGGCCAGAAUACAUUGAGCCUCUGAGGCAAGAAGCCCUGGAGGUCGGCGAGGUCUCAAUGACCAGAGCAAAUGUGGCCAAGCUGGCAAAACUUGACUCUUUCAUAAGAGAGGCUCAGCGGUUUAAUAAGUUCAUGCUUGUUGGAACGAUUCGAAAGGUCGUUAAACCAUUGAAAAUUGCGACCGGCGAGACCCUGCCAGCUGGAGUUAUCUGUGGUCUCGACACUCAUACCAUUCAUUUCGAUAGGUCACCGCUAAAAAACCCGUAUGAGUUUGACGGUUACCGAUACUACAAUAUGCGGUCUGAACCGGGCAACGAGCAGAAGUUCCAGGCGGUAACAUCCGGACCUGACCACUUGGUUUUCGGCUACGGAACUCAAGCAUGCCCUGGCCGCUUUUUCGCAAUCCAUGAAGCGAAAGUAGUUGUGGCCCGGAUCUUACGCAAUUAUGAGUUCAAACUGAAAGAUCCGCCAAAAGAACCAUCGGUUUUGAACGGACUUGAUGGUAUUCUCAACAAGGUUGACCCAACGGUGAAGUUUGUUUUCAAGCAUCGUUAGCGAAGUAUACUCAAGUUCGAGAAGCACAACCUAUCCGAUAACAGGCAGGGAUGCUGCAAUAUGGUUUAUUAUGAACCUACCCUGUUAUACGUAUCACGCCAAUUGUUGGUAAAGCGAUAUCCACUACCGAAUGAGAAACUUCGGGGAUUCAUCUUAGAAAGUUCGUACAGGGAUGAAUGGUAGCCUCUAGAU